AUGAAGAACAAAUCGAGUCAAAUCCCAAAAGAAAUUGCAAAAUCUUUGCGUACGUUACUAAUAACAUCCAAAGGUGAUAUUUCUGAUAUCAACUUCUCAGACUUGGAAAGUUUGCAUGUUUUACGUCUUGACUCUCAAGUUAAAGAGCUGCCACGUUCGAUUCAAAAGUUGAUACAUUUGAGAGAUUUUGACAUUUCAAAGACAAGUAUUAAAGAUUUGCCGGAUUGGAUUGGUGAAUUCUUUCACUUGCAGACGUUGAGAGCAAACAAAUAUUGUUUGGAGAAACUGCCAAGUACGGUUAAGUACUUGAUUAACUUGAGGCAUCUUUAUAUUAAUCAGUGGGUAGAGUUGCCUAUGGGAAUUGGGGGAUUAACUUCUCUCCAAACGCUAAAGUACUUUCCAGUAGGCGACGAGAAUGGCUGCAAGAUUGAAGAGCUCGGAAGUUUGAAUAAUCUUAAAGGAGAGUUAGAGAUUCACAAUCUGGAAAGGGUUCAUGACAAGGAAGAGGCUGGGAAAGCCAAUUUAUUCAAAAAGUCUAAAAUAUUGGAGCUGCAUUUGAAUUGGGAUUGGAGAAGAGAAGGUGAAAGAAAUGAUGAGGGUGUAUUGGAAGGCCUUCAACCUCACUCAGAUCUGAGGGAGUUAAAGAUUUGGGGAUUCAAUGGCAGUAGGUUUCCAUUAUGGACUGAGAAGAUGUCAGUUCGAGAUGCGCCUCAAGGCUCUUGGGUGCUACUUAACAACUUAAUGUCGUUAUUUCUCUUUCACUGCAGAGAAUGUGAAGAGAUCCCAAUGUUGGGGCAGUUGCCCAAUCUCAAGUCCCUUGAGUUGAGAGGAUGGAGGAAUUUGAAGUGUAUAAAUUCAUCGUUCUACGGAAUGGUGAACAAGGACACACGCAUUGUUUUUCCAGCUCUCGAAAAGCUCGAAUUGUAUCGCAUGCAUAAGCUGGCAGAGUGGGCAGAAAUAGAAAUUUGGGAUGGAAGUGAAGUGAAGCUAUUUCCUCGCCUCCAACAUUUGGAAAUUUAUGAUUGCCCGCAAUUGAUGAGUGUUCCAAGUCAUGUCUCGUCAUGCCUUCAACAAUUGGAUAUUUAUGAGAUCGGUGUGGAAUGUCUGCCAGCUGAUUGGUUAUUGAGUAACAACCAGACUCUCUUGUGGUUGGAUAUAUGGGACUGCCCGAAUUUGAGAGAAAUAUGA